AUGACGGAGGUUGAAAGUGAGCUAGAAUGUCGAAUUUGCCGCGGCGAUAGCGAACCUGGCAGACCCCUGCUGCAUCCAUGUCGCUGUUCCGGUUCUAUCAAAUUCACACAUGAAGAUUGCUUGCUCAACUGGCUCGCCCAAUCGGGUUCAUCGCGAUGCGAACUAUGCAACCAUCCCUUUCGUUUCGAACCACUCUACCGCCCGAACACUCCCUCCGCACUACCGACCAAAGAGUUCAUCGUAGGAGUGCUCGCGCUAACCCGUAAGACCAUGAAGAUGGCCGCGAGAAUCGUCCUUGUGUUCACCGUCUGGUUGUUUUUCUUGCCAGUUGGAACAUGCUGGACUUGGUAUGCACUUUUUAUCAGCUCCCCGAAGGAUCUACCCAACCUUUUUGCCUCAAGAACUCCAGCAGGAGUCAUUACCGAUGCGUUCUAUGGUUGCUUGUUAUCCGCGGGUAUUGUCUUUGUUUUUCUAGGCGUUUCCUCGUUGCGCGAAUACGUGCGUCACUUUCCCCAUGACGACAUUGAUGCUCACGAUGAUCACCGAUUUGCCCCUUUUCCCGACGAUGACCAGCUUAUACCCAAUGAUCUGGAUGACUACAGCUCAGACAACGACGAAAUCCAAAAUCGAGAUGACGAAAUCGCUGGUUAUCCGCCCGAUAUGAACGGCGAAAUGCCCCCGCAAAACCAGGCGAGACAAGAUGAUGAUCACUCUAACCGCACUCGAUUUCAGUUUCCUCCGAUCCCGGAUUCCGACGCCCCAGCGGAAGUUAAUGACGAGGUCUUUGAUGAAGUUGACGAGCUAGUGCGGGACACGUACGAAGUAAUAGCUGGCGGCGACAAUAGUGAGGAUGAUAUCAUAGCAGAUGACGACAUUAUGGAUGCAGACAGUGAGGGGAUACACUACGAAACACCGGGUGCUCAGGACGAGCAUGGUGAUUUACUCGACUACGACGAUGCUGAUUUAGGAGAUGAAUAUGACUCCGCAGAUGGAAUGCAUGACGACGAUGGCAUUCCUGGGCAAAUGUUUCAUGUCGCAGAUAACUUUCUUGAACAACAUCCAAACGACGAUGCGGAUGAUCACAUGGACGAUGAAGGCAUAGACCCGCACGAUGAUGACGCCGAUGGAGGUGCUCUUUUCGGCUUGUUCGAACUCGAUCCGGAUGAGGUGCCUCUUGAAGAAGUCGUAGGUCUGCGAGGACAAAUUCGAAACUUAUUUGACAACGCAGGGACCGUGCUGGUUUCAAACGCGAUUUUCCUUCUUGUUUUUACAUUAAUUCCUCUGCUUAUAGGAAGGCUCACCAUGCGUCUUUUUCAGAUCAGAUCGUUCCCCAUUAGCAUUGCGCCGUCGGAUGGAGACAGCCUAUGGAAUGAACUUCUGCGUUCUGUGAUACCGUCUGACCAUGAACGAAUCCAGGACACUAUGAAGGGAGAUACCAAAAACAUAAGCGAGGCGCUUGUUCCAAAAAUAUCAGCCGGUAUCGAUGGAGAUUUGGUUGCAUCACGAAGUGGAGACGCUUUGUCCAUCGGCAUUGACACUCGUACUAAGUCAUAUGUGCCCAGCAUUAGUGUCAGUAUCAGUGAUGAACUACAGGGGAUCUCCACUCAUUCGGUGCACAUGGACAAUUUCCUCAAAGUACUCCUCGGAUACGGGAUAAUUGCGCUUUUUGCUGUCGGAUACAUUGGGAUUAUCUCAGUUUUGAGACACAGAUAUCCAAGACUUGACUCUCCGAUUACUCGCCAAGUCGCACGGUUGCUGCGAUAUGUGGCAACUUUCGUGAAGAUUGUCGUUCUAAUACUGUUUGAAUUUGGCAUAUUUCCUCUGGGAUGUGGAUGGUGGCUAGACUACUGCACUCUAGAGAUCCUAGGAGGAAGCAUGCAGUCCAGAGUAUCCUAUUGCCGCGAAUCACCCUGGACAUGCACUGGAGGACAUUGGAUCAUGGGCAUUAUCUACAUGGUUCACAUAUCAUUGUUCAUUUCGUUAUUGCGAGAAGUUGUGAAGCCACAGUUGCUAUGGUUCUUGCGCAACCCAGAUGACCCCGAGUUCCAUCCAUUUCGAGAGCUCGUUGAGAAGCCCCUGUCGAGACAUGCGCGGAGGAUGUGCAUAAGUGUUAUCAUUUAUGUGCCACUUAUUCUCGCUCUGGUCUAUGCCCCUGCACAGCUUUGCUUGAAGGUCCUUCCACAUAUAUUCCCCUUUCGCUCUGAGGACUUCUCACACAUCCUGAUUGACGUUCCUUUCGGAAAUCUUCUCGUUGGUCCGCUCAUCCGACUACUGUAUUUUGGGCGCCCUGGUAUCUCGUUACACACAGUUAUUGCGACCUGGAUCAGGUGGGUGUCAGCAGCUCUUGGAAUUGCUCAUCUGGUAGUUAAAGACCGAGAAACCAACAAUGAAGGAGACGCAAUUAUGCGUGAUCAAGCAAACCGUAACGUUGAAGGCAUAGUGCUGGGAGAGAACGAAGCUGUCCCUCUAAUUUUCAAUGCGCCGCACGCAGAUGUGGCGAAUGAUCUCGGGAUCGAUAACGCUUUGUAUGAAGGGGAUUUACAUGAUCAUCCUAGUCAGAUACAUUCCCCUGACCCGCAUGGACUAUCGCGAAGAGAAAUACAAUUCCGAGCCAGUGUCAUGAUUGUCUUGGCGUGGUUUACUCUAGUUUUGACCGAAAGUGCGUUGGUUGCGAUUCCAACAAUGCUUGGUCGCUCUUUAAUGAGCGCGGUAGGUCUUCCUGUCCGACAUGACCUGCACCCGUUCCUGCUUGGCUUGAACGUGCUUUUCGGAACGAUCACGGGCUUUGUGAAAAUUGUGAAAUACGUUGAAACCGCAGACACUAUGACUGCCCUCUCCGCUGGUCUACCGUACCUGUGGAUGGCAGGGAAGGGAUUUGUCAUUAUUUUCAUUUCUCUUGGAGUUAUUCCUCUGGCCGCUGGCUUACUCUUCGAACUCAUUCUGGUCCCAAUACGAGUGUCGUUCGACGAGACUCCUUAUUUCUGCCUUCAUCAAGAUUGGGCGCUUGGCCUCUUGCUUUUUAAGGUAUGGACAUGUAUUGCUGCUGCAGGUGGUCUUGGGGCAGAGUGGAGGGAAAGAAUACAACGUGCCAGAGAGGGUGACGUCAUUGGUUUAAACCAAAACUUUUCUCGCACAAUGAGAGAAGUGGUUAUGCCGGUAUUGAUUUUCCUGGUCACUGCUCUAUCAGUCCCGUACUCAGCAGCCCGCGGCGUGCUACCACUGCUAGGGGUGGCGAGGUGGGUUUCAAACCUAGUGUACAGGUACGCGUAUCUCGUGAUAACGUGUCUGUACUGCGGUCUUGAAACACUUCAGUAUUCAGUAUUGAUACUUAGAGAGUUGCAUGACUCUAUUCGUGACGACAAAUAUCUAGUCGGAAAGCGAUUGUAUAACUUCAUGGAGUCAUCUGAAGGGAGAAGUCCUGUCCCUCAGCCAACAGAGGCCACUUGACUGGACGUUUCUCAUCAAGAGUUAGACCGCUGUAAUUAUGAAAUUGUAUUGCUCGUAAAGGAAGCUAAUGCAAGAACGAGACUGAGACGGUCUCUUGUUAAUAUUGAAUCCCAUCGCUCGUAUCGCUGAAACCGCAAACCAGCGGGAUUGCCAUGUUGCACAUUGACAUAACUCCCUGACGUUACACGUAAUGCAUCACGGAGACUAUCACUUCAACCACGUAGAGAGAGUAAACCAAUUUGGACCUG